AUGUUAAGAUAUUUUCUUUACACUUACUGGAAAAAAAAUAUGGCGGAUGUAGCUCCAGCCGGUGGCCGAGGAGGCUUUAGAGGAGGUUUCGGAAGUCGUGGCAGUGGACGUGGUGGACCACGAGGAAGAGGACGUGGGCGUGGCAGAGGCAGAGGACGUGGUAAGGAAGGAGAGAAGGAAUGGCAGCCAGUUACAAAGUUAGGUCGUCUGGUCAAGGAUGGAAAAAUAAGAACCCUGGAAGAUAUAUAUCUAUUCUCUUUACCCAUCAAGGAUGGAAAAAUAAGAACCCUGGAAGAUAUAUAUCUAUUCUCUUUACCCAUCAAGGAAUUUGAAAUUAUUGAUUUUUUUAUUGGCCCUGUAUUGAAAGAUGAAGUUCUGAAGAUCAUGCCAGUUCAAAAACAGACUAGAGCCGGGCAGAGAACAAGAUUUAAGGCCUUUGUUGCUAUUGGAGACCACAAUGGACACAUUGGUUUGGGCGUGAAAUGUUCCAAAGAAGUGGCUACUGCUAUCCGUGGUGCUAUUAUCCUUGCUAAGCUCUCUGUCGUUCCAGUCAGGCGUGGUUAUUGGGGUAACAAGAUCGGAAAGCCCCACACUGUACCUUGCAAGGUUACAGGAAAGUGUGGUAGUGUGCAAGUGCGUCUUAUUCCAGCACCCAGAGGAACUGGCAUUGUAGGUGCCCCUGUACCCAAGAAGCUUCUGCAGAUGGCAGGUAUUGAAGAUUGUUAUACAUCUGCCACAGGAUCAACUGGCACUCUUGGAAACUUUGCAAAAGCUACGUUUGAAGCCAUAGCAAAAACAUAUGGUUAUCUGACGCCAGAUCUCUGGCGUGAUGUGCCAUUAUCUAGGGCACCGUACGCAGAAUUUUCAGAUCAUCUGCUGCGGAACCAUCAUGCCAAAGCUGUUCCUGUUGAUGAAUGA